AAAUAGUGAAAAUAAAUAGAAAUAUUUGGUUUUGGUGUGAAAAGUGGAGUGAAGGAUCGAGAUUCGAGCUAUAAAUAAAGGAAAGGCAAACCCAAACAAGGCGACCUGAACUGAGAGAACGACACUCCCCAAGCUCCAAACGACACCAAAAAUGGCUACUCUCAACUCUCAGCCUCUGAUCUGGACUUUGCUAGGCCUUUUCAUGGUCUCCUUGACGCUGGGUUCCUCCGAUUCACCCUUCAUCGUUGCCCAUAAGAAGGCUACUCUUAACAGACUCAAGUCGGGGGCCGAGCGAGUCUCCGUCUCCAUCGACAUCUACAACCAAGGAUCUCUGACCGCAUACGAUGUGAGUUUGACAGAUGAUAGCUGGCCAAAGGAUUUAUUUGACAUUGUCAGCGGUAACGUCUCCAAGUCAUGGGAAAAGCUUGAUGCUGGUGGUAUUCUGUCCCACACUUUUGAAUUGGAGGCCAAAACUAAAGGUAUCUUCAACGGCGCACCCGCUCUCAUCACAUACCGAGUUCCUACAAAGGCUGCUCUACAGGAGGCAUUUUCAACUCCAAUUUUGCCUUUGGACGUUCUUGCAGACAGACCUCCUGAGAAGAAGUUUGAAUGGGUUAAGGCUGUUGAUGAAGUAUGGAUCCCUAAUUUCAGUGAUCUCUAUUGUGGUUAUGUUUAUCUACCUGGUGGCCAGUCCUUCGAAAUCAGGUGCCGGAAAGGGAAGCAAGAAGAAGCGUUAAUUUACUAAACACAAAAAUCUAAUGGCUUCCCAAUUGGGCGUCACUUGAUGCAAUGAUAUGGCUUUCUAUGCCAUUUUAAUUUACACCUUUUGUUAGUUGAUGAUAUAGACUUAUUGAGAAUAGUUGUUAAUGCUAGAGACAUCCGGAAUCAUUGACUUGCUAUCAAUUUUGGUAGAGACAUUAUUAUAUGUUUUGCCUCUAAUGAUAUUAUAAGGAAGUUUUUAUUUCAUUUUUUUA